UGAGCGGGCCAUCCGCUCCUCCACAGGGCAGCAGCUUCCGGUUCCGGUAGUGCUGGGUCCACGAGGGUUUUCUUGCUUCUCUGCGGCGCCUGCUUGGCGAGCUGUUGGGCGGGAAGGACGGACGAUGCGGCCGCUCACGGAGGAGGAGACCCGCGCCCUCUUCGAGAAGCUCUCCAAAUACAUUGGCGAAAACAUCCAACUCCUUAUUGACCGGCCAGAUGGGGCCUACUGUUUCCGCCUUCAAAAGGACCGGGUCUAUUACCUCAGUGAGAAGAUCCUGAAGCUGGCUACCAACAUCCCGCGAGAGAACCUGGUGUCUCUGGGCACCUGCUUUGGAAAGUUUACCAAGACUCAGAAAUUCCGGCUCCAUAUUACCGCCCUCGAUUAUCUCGCUCCCUACGCAAAGUACAAAGUCUGGGUGAAGCCUGGGGCAGAGCAGUCUUUUCUUUAUGGAAACCACAUUCUGAAAUCAGGCCUGGGGCGCAUCACGGAGAGCACCGCACAGUACCAGGGCGUGGUGGUCUAUUCAAUGGCUGAUGUCCCUCUGGGUUUUGGAGUGGCAGCCAAGACCACCCAGGAGUGCCGGAAAACAGACCCCAUGGCGAUUGUCGUAUUUCACCAAGCAGAUAUCGGGGAGUACAUACGGCACGAGGAGACGCUGACUUAAAUCAAGGAGCAGAAAAACCCAAGGACUUUAUCCCAGAGACUUUUCCUAGACUUCCUAGCAACCUGUAGCCCUUCCCGUGCCGACGCGAAGGCCGGCUGUUUGAGUCCCUUCUUUCCAGGAAGAAUGGCGAGAGAAACUGUGUCAAGCGCCUGAUGGAAUGACGACAAGGAGGAGGGACCGUCCUCGCCUGGGGGUGGGGCUGUACUGUCAGGCCUGCUGUUUUCAGGGACAUGAUAAACUGACCCAGUAAAACAAUUUAAUGUUAA